UAUCGCUCCGUUGUCCGGUGAACGACACGUGAAAUCGUGAAUACUCCAAAUAUGCACGCGUUUUGUUUACGUCGCACGUGGGCUUUUCGUUAAUUUCGUAUCACUGUGUUUACAAGUUCGUGUAGCCGCAUUUGUGAUCAUUACUCAUUUGCUUUUUUCAAUAAUGGUCUUAUUGUGAUUUCUGUUCAAAUGCUUUUGCUCAAAAUGUGCCGUGGAAUUCAUAUGACCUCACUGCUGCUGGCGCAAAUCUUCGGACAAUGCUGGUCGGCCUGCUACUUCCCGUCGGAGCUCCAGGGGGAGUUCGUCAUGCAGUCGUCCGUCACGGCCGACAUUGGGGUCCAGUACUCCACCGUCAACAUCAGCAGCGAGGCAAUAUCUAUUUGGGGCCUCUGCCAUCGCAGGAGCGGAAGUAGCGUCAUCCUCCUCGACAGAAUCGAAGGAGGUAGGAAGUGAGGAAGUUAGAAAAGACUACUGUCCGAUCAACGGGAAAUUUACAUUCAUCUAUAACAUCAAUGAUGGAUCCGAGAACAAUACGGAGUGCAUGAUUGCCGUUUCUGAGCUGGACAACUGUCCCAAUGGAUCCGAACUCAAUCUCCGCUUCCGGAAGUGCUCUUUCGAUAAUCAUGAUAUAAAAUUCUAUUGCCUGGGACACUGGGAAGGACCUGAUGAACAACAAUACCUAGCGCUGUUAGACACAAGAACUGGCGGAGAGCGGAAGCCUCAGUACAGAUGUGCCAUUUACAAGGAAGAAGAAGGGACUGGCAUUGUCUAUUUAGCUUUUUCAAGCGAUUCUACUUGUACUGCCAACUUGAAAAAUGCGUCUGAGGGGUAUGAAACUCUCUUGCUUACAUCCGCUGUGCCUCCAGCGUGGCCUCAGAUUGUAUUAGCGGAAGGUUGCAGAUUUCCAGGAUGGGCUCAAGGUCAAUGGGAACAACUAUCCAUCGAGGGUAACACACUGACCUACAGAGAUCACUCAACGUUUAAAACCUACACCAUGAAAUGUAUGGGACCAAGCAAGUCUGCAUCUCAACGCUUUGUCGUUUUUGGUCGAACUCAGUGCGGUGAAGAAAUGUUCGGCUGUAUUUGGAUUAAGAAGAGAACUCCAAAUGUAUUAGAAUUUCAAUUAGGUGCAAAUUCGAGCAUGCAGUACGAUGCAAGUCUUUGUCAUGAUGCUAAUUUUGUAGAAAACUAUUGGAUCACUCAAGGAAAAAUGCAACGGUUGGAGGAAUCUCCUUGUCCAGUCAUGGGUGAAUACAACGGCAUGAUCCCAGAUGCUGAUGGCUUGUGUGCAAGGCUAUCCUCUGAUUGUCAAAAGCCAGAAAUCAUGUACUACACAGUUUCAGACUGUCAACGGCAAGACAUAAUUGAUGGCAUACCAUCCAAACUAGAAAAGUGGCGCAGGUAUAAAAGAAAUUCAAAUGAGGAUCUAAAGACAUCUCCAAAACAUGAAGACCGAACUGAGGUCCGACAUAUUCCAUACUUAAAGCAACAGUUUAUCAGUCAACCCUGGCCACUGGAAGAGCCCACCAGUUACUCCCCCCCAACUUCUGAAACUCCAUUUCAUCGCUUCACACAUCAAUACAUCAACAGCUCGUUCCCAUCCAAGUUAUCGCAUCAAAACCUGUUCUCAUUUCCCAAUCAAUCCACUUUCAUAAUGAUUCCCUCCACUGUUAAAUCGACUCUAAGACCUGUAACUGAAGUGACACCAAAACUAAUCCCUCAUGCUAGACACCCAAUUCAAGACUCAUCCAAGAAUCAGAACCCAAAGCUAGAGGAGUCCAAAAGAAUUUGGACUUACAGCUCACUUCAACAUCCAGAAAUGACAUACUUCGGUGGACCAAGGAAUUUUAAUGCGCGUGGUCGGCAGUAUUCUCCCAAUGCUCCCAAACCAGAAUUCUAUAAUCUGUAUGCAGACACGCCUUCAACUUAUCAUAUCAAUGGGAGAGCUAAUAAUGAUAACCUUGCGACAAAUUACACAAACUUGCAGUUUUCAACUAUGCCACUUUUUUCCUCCUUGCAGUAUUCAACUUCGCACCAAUUUUCAUCUACACCUCAGUUUUCCUCCACAGUUCAAUACUUGCAAGAUAGACACCGAGAGUUUCCAGUUUACCAGGCUAAUGAAAACAGACGUUCCUACAAUGAGCGCCCAUUGGAUGUCUAUGCUCAGGGCUAUGAAAAUAUAGCAGGAGCAAACCGCAAAAUUAGUAUUAUUUCUGAGCUACCACCCAAAUUUUUGGAGAGGCGCAACUGGGAAGGAGGACGUAAUUAUGACACAAGGCCUCGGAGUCGAAACUUUUCUCUCACCUCUUCAUUAAUUGUCUUCAAACCAGAGAACAUAUCAAAUGAAGAGUCAUUGGCUCAUGGCAUGACGCUUGACCCAGUUGUAAAUGUGGAGCAUUCUGUCUCAAUGCCUCCAUUAAAUGCAACUCACCAGUUUAUCGGGAAUGACUAUCUUACUCUAUCAAAUCACUCAAAAAUGUCUAUUGAUAUGGCAACUUCACCAACCAAUGAUCAGCACCGCAAUGUCAAUCCUGAUAUAAUGGCUCCCAUUGAUUCUCAUUAUCUGUACAAGUCUGAUAAUUAUAAUCUUCGCAAAGAGACUGAUUUGAGGUCCAAUGGCUCCUCGUCAUCCACCUACUUUGCUGACUCGAGGCACCUCCAGUCUCCCAGCAACCCUGUGGAAUACUCAAGUUUUAAUAAUCAGAAAAACUUUUCCAGCCCAAGCCCAAAGCAACGACUACCUAACACCAAAGCAGACCCUCCUGUAUUUGAUUACUUCCGGCAUUAUGAAUGGAACAAUUCUGAGCCGAACUAUCCAAGCGCACGAAAAGUUGCAGACAAACCCAAGCUUGAUCCAGUGAAUGCAGCUAAAAACCUUGGCCGAAGAACUCCAAUUGCACUUCCACCUGUACCAAUACCUUCGUAUGCCUUGCCUGUACGACCACAAGCCAACAGUCCAGUGAUGACUUCACCAACUAGUUGGUCUUUCAAACGAGAAGAACGACAAUAUCGAUGUCUUGGUCAAUGGGAAGAAGGAGGAUUGACCUACACAUAUACUCAACGCACAGAUGUUGAGUCUUAUGAGUGUUUUGUUGGAUUUAUUUUCUCUGAGAAUGAACUGUACAUCAAGGAAGCCGGUGAACACUGCGAGAGACAUAUCGAACCCUUUAAAAAUGGAAUGAAGUUGUCAAGGAGGCGAACUUGUACAGGACCUAGUCAUGAGUCCACAACAACAAGUACAACGUCAACAACCACAACUACAACUACAACAACUACCACCACUACUCCUCGACCAUUCUCAUUACUCACCAAACAGUGGAUAACAACGCGAAGAGUCUACCCCACACAUCCAACCAAACCAUGGAAGGCAAUUACAGCUCCUCCCAGACAUUUUAAUGAAAUCGAGGACAGCAGUGGAAACUCAAAGAUUCUGGCCUCCAACUUUUUGGUCAUGUUCAUUUCCCUACAUUUCCUCCUCCAUUGAAGCCUCUCUUACUUUUAUAUUAUGUAUUAUGAAGACAAAUUAGUGAGAUAUGAUGUGGAUUUUUCACAUUAUUUAAAAAAUUGCCUAUUUGGUUGUUUGUUUGUACAGUACCUACUCAAUAAGUUUUUGUAUGUUUAAAUAAUUUCGGCAUUUUUUUUGUAAAAAAACGCAUGAUUUACUGUGACCGAAGUACAGUCACUACCCGCCUGGAUCUUAUUAUUUUAUUAUAUUUUUAUACUCAUUCAACCAUUGGUCACAGUGCUUACCAUUUUUGUAAAUCAUAUAUUCAUAUUUUUCGUCCCGUUGUUUAUUUCUUAGCUCAGAGCCUUUUGUAGAGAAGGGACGUCCGAUUCUCAUGUUGGGUAAAAUUAACAGAUGGAUCACCAUACUGCCACAAUUUGAGCAUCUCUCUCCCCUUACAUUCUUCUUCAAAUACUCUCCGCACCAAAACAAUGAGAUUGAACCUACCACUUGCCUUACAUCUCGUAUGUCAGUAAUGUCCAUCCCUCCCUGUUUCAAAUAAUGAGAUCCCUGCUCUUGAUAUUUUUUUGUUCUAUUAUUUUCUUUUAUGUAUUUUAAGUAUCUGUUAGAUUUCUUAAAUAAGUUCCUGUAGUCAGUUAGAACAAAAUGUGCUUUUGAAGAAGGGCUAGUAGAGCACAUGAGCUCAAAAAUUUUGAAGCACAACAUUUAAUUAUUUUCAGCCAUUCAGUACCCUGUUCAAAAGAUAUUUGAACAGGUAUCUUUUACAUAUCUGUAUCAGUAAUAAACAUAAUGAUAUUUUGGCUACUUGAGAUGUUUCUUAUACCCCCAAAAAAGGAUAAUUUUCUUUGAAAUUAAAUCCACUUUGCCUAUUUCAUGAGCUCCACAAAAUAAAUGGAGGUUGAUUUCAAGCAUAAAGUCUGAAAUCCCUCGCCUUGUGUUGAAAAAAGCCUGCAAGUUAGAAACUCAUUGCACGUUGCUCUUAUUGAAUAACAUGAAUUUUUGAAAAAGGCAAAAAUGAAACCGUGAAAUGAUCAUUUUAUUUUAAUUAAUUUAUUAUUUUAAAUUUUCCAGUUAGAAACUCAAAUGUGUCUUUUCAAGUUCUGUGAUUGUGUAAUUAGCCUAGUCCACUCAAAUUUAAAUUUCAUUCCUUCAUAGACUUCACACGAUUCGAAAGGUUCACUCCCGCAACUCUAGAAUAGUAAGAUUUUAAAUGCUUGUGCCUUCUUUUGGUUUAAGUAACUAGUUUACUGUCUCUCUUAUUUGCCCACUUAUAUUUAUUUGAUUGUGUGAAAAUAUAUUUUUGCUUUGAAAGAAAGUGUGUAAAUGUAGGGUUAUCUUGUAAUAGAUGUAUUUAAAAUGUCCAAUGAAUGAGCAAUACAGAAAAAGUUAGAGUUCCUUAAGCGGCAAGUAAAAAAUACUUACAACUUUGAUUUGGAAUUUACAUAGGCUGUCUCAAAAGGACUGCACGUUUAUUUUUUCAGAAAAACGGUAGUAGAUGUCAAAUGCGGUUUGUGUAGUGUUAUAGUGCUUGUAAUGGUUGAUAAAACAAGACUAACUCAAGCUCUCUAGUUCAAAAAUCGAUCAAGUCACAGCGUUUUGAAAAUGGCAUGUCCAUUUGCCUUUUACAAGAUUUGUUGCACUUUUCCCUGAGAACAUAACAAAGAUUUAAAAAUUCAAAUGUUUUUAUCAAAUUAAUUAUGUAGAAGCUCAUCAAGAUUACUACCAUUUACUCUUCUUCAAUAGAUGACUGGACACGGGUUUCCUUCUUGAAGUACUUCUCUUCAUUUUCCACACAGUGCUGCAACUGUUCUUCUCGCUUUCGAAAGUUUCAUCCAUGAGGUUGUUCAAGAAAGUUCCAUCACCUCUUUUGAUUUUCUUGGCGGAGUUGUAUCUCUUGCCUCCCAAGCUCUUCUUGAACAUGGGAAACAGCCAAAAGUUGCAAGGUGCGAGGUCCGGACUGCGUGAGAAGUGCGGAGGACAGACAUUCCAAUGUUUAUCCAUAAACCCUUCGGUGAACUUUGCCGUGUGUCACCAGGCAAUAUCCUAGUGCAAUAGCUAGGUCUCUUUCAUCUUUAGCUGCUUCUUUGUAACAUGCCCAAGUAGUGUCAUCAGUAUAGAGCAGUUGCGUCAAUUGACAGUAUGUCUCAAACUUCUCUUGAUCAAGGCGUUUUCUUUACAGAUUUUUUGGCUCUGUAAAUCUUUGUUUUCAUUUUAAAAAAAUUGUUGAAAUAAAGAAGGGGUCUGCUCGACUUGUCAUUUGCAAAACGCCUUGCAGCCUGGAUCCCGACUUUUCCCACGGCAAAGAAGACAAGAGACAAGAAGAGGCAAGAAGAGGCAAAAAGUUCAAUUCUGCCAAGAAAAUCAAAAGAUCUGUUGGAACUUUUUUGAAUAACCUUAGGGAUGAAGCUUUUUAAAAAAAAUGUUUGCAGAAGCAGGAAGAACGUUUGCAGCAUUGUAUGGAAUGUGAAGAAAAGUAUUCCAAGAAGAAAUCUCAAGUCCAGUCAUCUAUUUAAGUAGAGUAAAUGGUAGUAGUCUUGAUGAGAUUCUACAAAAUUAAUUAAUUAAACCAUGCGAAUUUUUAAAUCUUUGUUCCGUUAUCAGAGGAAAUGCAGCAAAUCCUGGAGGGGUCAACUAGAAGCGCCAUUUUCAAAACUCUGUAACUUGCUCAAUUUCUGAACUAAAUAGCUUGGGUUAAUUUUGUUUUAUUGAUCAUAACAAGCACUAUAACACUACACAAACCGCAUUUUGAUAUCUACUACCGUUGGUCCUUAAACAGAAAACUUGCAGUCCUUGUGGGACACCCUGUGCAAGAUUGUUCCUAUCUUGAAGUGAAUGAAGCUCACAUCUCUUUUCAAAAUGUAUUUUUGUAGCUGUCCCUGCCAAUGGAUAAGAUAUCCUAUCCAUUGCCGAAUGAGAUGUGGAUUAUUAUUAGCUUUGUUGGUUCUCCUUGAAACAGCUCGCAACUAUCUAUCGUUGAUAGUUUUAUUUCAUAGAAAAACGCUCUGAAAAAACUUUAGCUCCAACCAAAAGUUGGAAUUUUAAGAGGGUAUAAAAUCGGCUCAAAGUUCCAGGAAACAUUGCAUUGGUUCUUAACAAGACCUACAGCUGGGAUACAUUAAUGUAUUGUAAGGUGUAAAAUGGUCACAUUUGGUUAAAUCUUACAUUUUUCUUAUUAUAAAGGAAA